CGGGGCGCGAACUUGGUGCGCGGCGCGAAGUGAGUGCGCGUGAGCGCGCGUGUGAACACUCCAGGCUCCUUCUGGGCUCGCGGAGCGGCCCCGACCCGCCCGGUGCGGCUCAGCCGGCCUCGGGGCCUCGGGGCGGCUCCGGUCCCAGGGCUCCGCCUGGCCGCGCCCGCCCCUCGCUCCCGAUCAGCCGCUGGCAUCGCCGGCUAAGGGCGCGCAGCCCGCUCGGAGGCCCAGGCUUCCAGGACUCGAGCCUCCCUCCGCUGGGUCUCCGGACAGGGAUGGAUCCGCUGCUGCUGCUGCUGUUGGAAGAGCGUUGGAGUCAUUCUCGUCUCCUCUCUGGCCCGUUUGCUGCCCUAGAAAGCCUGCUCGCCAGUGUCUCUGGAUCGGCAGUGGCUGCUGUCCGCGGCCCCCACCCCAGGCUUGGUGUCCCCCGGAGGUCUGAGCGCCGAGGAGCCCACGCCAUGUUCUGCACGAAGCUCAAGGACCUCACGAUCACGGGGGAGUGUCCCUUCUCCCUCCUGGCCCCAGGGCAGGCGGCACAGGAGUCAGCAGAGGAAGCAGCAGGGAGCUCGGAGAGCGGCAAAGCCCCUGCGCCCAUCUGCCAGGAUGUCCCUGAGAAGAACGUGCAAGAAAGCCUCCCGCAGAGAAAGGCCAGCCGCAGCCGCGUCUACCUUCACACUUUGGCGGAGAGCAUUUGCAAACUGAUUUUCCCGGAGUUUGAACGGCUGAACCUCGCACUUCAGAGAACACUAGCAAAUCAUAAAAUAAAAGACAGCAGGAACUCCUUGGAUAAAGAAGACUUUGAGAAAAUGAUUACAGACCAAGCGAUUGCAGCAGGCGUUCCCGUGGAGAUCAUCAAAGAAUCUCUGGGUGAAGAACUUUUUAAAAUGUGCUAUGAGGAAGACGAGCACAUCCUGGGAGUGGUUGGCGGCACGCUGAAGGACUUCCUGAACAGCUGCAGCACCCUUCUGAAGCAGAGCAGCCACUGCCAGGAGGCAGGGCCGCAGGGCGGGUUGGAGGCCGCCUCCAUCCUCUGCCUGGAUCAGGACCCCGAGCUCCUGCACGUUUACUACUUCUUCCCCAGCAGAAGCACCGCUCUGCUCCUGCCCGGCGUCAUCAAGGCCGCGGCGCGCACGCUGUAUGAGACCCACGUGGACGUGUCCCUGGCGCCGCCCUGCGCACACAGCGACUGGGCCGCGUCGCCCGAGCAGCCCCACCUGCUGUACUCCGUGCGCGUGAAGAGCGCCAGGCCGGCCCUGUCCCCGGGCGGACCCCCGUCCUCGCUGGUGAUCCCCGCCUCGCUCUUCUGCAAGACCUUCCCGUUCCACUUCAUGUUCGACAGGGACCUCAGCAUCCUGCAGCUGGGCAACGGCAUCCGGAGGCUGAUGAGCAGGAGGGACGUGCCGGCGAAGCCUCACUUCCGGGAGUACUUCGAGAUCCUGACCCCCAAGAUCAACCAGACGUUCAGCGGGAUCAUGGCGAUGCUGAACAUGCAGUUUGUGGUGCGCGUGAGCAGCUCAGACAGCUCCGUGAACAGGGCUUCGAGGGUCAUGGAUCUCAAAGGCCAAAUGAUCUACAUCAUCGAGUCCAGUGCCAUCUUGUUCUUGGGCUCGCCCUGUGUGGACAGACUGGAAGACUUCACGGGGCGAGGGCUCUACCUGUCCGACAUCCCCAUCCACAAUGCACUGAGGGAUGUGGUCUUGAUAGGUGAGCAAGCUCGUGCACAGGAUGGCCUGAAGAAGAGGCUGGGGAAGCUGAAGGCCACCCUGGAGCAGGCCCACCAUGCCCUGGAGGAGGAGAAAAAGAAGACGGUCGACCUUCUGUGCUCCAUCUUUCCCAGCGAGGUUGCACAGCAGCUGUGGCAGGGGCAGGUGGUGCAAGCCAAGAAGUUCAGCAGCGUCACCAUGCUUUUCUCGGACAUCGUGGGUUUCACCGCCAUCUGCUCCCAGUGCUCCCCGCUGCAGGUCAUCACCAUGCUCAAUGCGCUCUACACUCGCUUUGACCAGCAGUGUGGGGAGCUGGACGUCUACAAGGUGGAGACCAUUGGAGAUGCGUACUGUGUGGCUGGGGGCUUACACAGGGAGAGUGACACCCACGCUGUGCAGAUAGCACUCAUGGCCCUGAAGAUGAUGGAGCUCUCCGACGAGGUCAUGUCUCCACACGGAGAACCCAUCAAGAUGCGAAUUGGACUGCAUUCUGGAUCAGUGUUCGCUGGAGUUGUUGGAGUUAAGAUGCCCCGUUACUGUCUUUUUGGAAACAAUGUCACUCUGGCUAACAAAUUUGAGUCCUGCAGUGUGCCACGGAAAAUCAAUGUCAGUCCAACGACCUACAGAUUACUCAAAGACUGCCCUGGCUUUGUGUUUACCCCUCGAUCCAGGGAGGAACUUCCACCCAACUUUCCCAGCGAAAUUCCAGGAAUCUGCCAUUUUCUGGAUGCUUAUCAUCAAGGAACAAAUUCAAAACCAUGGUUCCAAAGGAAAGAGGCUGACAGUGGCAGUGCUAAUUUUUUAGGCAAAGCAUCAGGCAUAGAUUAGCAGGUGAUGCGCGUGUUCGUUACUCUCUGGGGUCUCACUUCCCUGAGAAUGUGCAGAACCUCUGAAAGCACUUUAGGAUGGCAGAAGGCUCAUGAACAGCCUCAGAAUUUUAGGAGUGAACUCACAGUCUACUCUUCCUUCCAUUUAACAUGACAAAAAUGUAUUCACUUCGGUACUUCAGCUUUUCUGUUUAAGAGAAACCUCAGAAAGUGAGUGUUGGGGUUGUAGUUCUAUUUUCUAACAGUCACUUCCUGCCAGCACUCAGAAUUCAGAGCUUGUGCUUACUCCAGGUCAUCGUAGUCAGCCGUGCAGAGUGACAUGGCGGCCCUGUGCCCGGGUGCAGGGCGUGCUUGUUAAGGUGUCUCUGUGGCAGCGUUGCCGGAGGAAGCCUGGACAUGGAGACCUCAGUCCUUAGUACUGAGAGUUCUUUCGGCCUCUUCACUCUGCAGCUCAUUGUAUUUCCUCAUUUAACUGUUAGCACAGGUAACCAAGCAGGCUGAGCUAUUUUUUCUUUGUUGCAUCUUUUUGUCAUUUUUGCUUCUUUUGUUUUUAGAAAAUAAGCAAUUAGUGGUUAGAUGCAAUAUGGUAUGAAAUAGUACUUCUGUAAAUUUCAAAGAAUGAUUUCAGUUCUCAAAGUAAAAAAUUAUUCUCCAUUAUACAUUAUGUAUGAAAUAAAUAUAUUCUUUGGAUUGACAUUUAUUAUUUUUUAUUUUCCACAUGGUAAAGCCCAUUUCACUUGAAAUUAGCAGUUUAGUUAUUAUUAUUCAUUUAAGUAUCAUAAUUUUAAAAAUAUUGGGGAUAAAAAAGGCUUAUAGCCUAUGUUUAAAUGCAAUACUAUUCUAAUUAAUUUAUCCAGGAGUGAAAUGGUAUUAAAGCAUGACCCUAAGUCACAAGAGUGAAGCCUUUGUGCGUGUCUGCACAUGUACACACACACAUAGAAUGAUGUGGAUGCCUUUAGCAGAUGUUCUCUAUUGCCAUUCUGAGCCAUGUAGGUUUCCAAGAAGAAAAUCUAAUUCCAGAAGUGAAAAAUAAAGACUUUUGCUUUAUCAUUUUUUGGUAGAUCAUUUUUCUUAAAUACUCGUGCUGAACAUUGGUGUGUAUAGGUACUAGGAAUCAAGAUUUUGUGUGACUACAUAGACAUCUGUGAACUUUUUAGUUGAAAUAUCUGGAUAAUAUCCUCUAAAGAGAUCGCUGGCGGUGGGAGAAAUCUCUGAGCAUUGUUCUGGAGCUUGAACUUCCUUUUUUGGCUUGCUGGGUCCAGAUCCGAGGGCUUCACACAGGCCGCCCGAGUGCUCUACCACUGAGCUACAGCUUCAGCCCUGAAGUUCGAAUUUUUAUGUUUAAUGAAAUUUUUUAAAUGUGCUGAGUUCAGUUUAGAAAAUGAUUUGAUUUUUAAAAGAACAAAUUUAAAAGCGAGAGAAAGAUGAAUAUUAGUGUUUUUAAGUCAGCGUUAGCAGAACCGUGCAUGUGCUGACUAAUUUGGAGUUCUGUGAUGUAGCUCAGUUUAAAGUUCCUUUAACUGUCUCCAUUAGUCCCAAGCUAGCCUAUGAUGUCAUCAGGAACAAUAGUCCUUACUAAUUGACCUCUAGACUCCCCAGGGUACUGUUGCAGAUAUUACAACGAUUACUCUCUACUAAGUGACACUUACAUGUAUUAAAAGAUGAGAUAUGUUUCAUUAGCGCACCUUGUAAUUUGGUUGUACCACCGCCUUGGGAAAAUAUAUUUGCAUUCUCACAGUGAUAAGAUGUUAAAAAAUAUAUAUAUGAGAAAAAUAAAAAUGUAAAUACCUUUUUGCUGAAAUGGAAUCUUUAUUACAAGGAAACUAAUAGGAGAUAUAGGACAUAAGAAUGCUUACAAUAGAAUGUUGUCUUUAUCAAAUACAUUUUUAAGCAGACUCCAACUGAGUAGUAGAUUAUGAUCUAGAAGUAAAUUAAUGAGUAUUUGGAAGGACUUUUCAGGGCUAGGAGGGCAGGUCACUGGUUGAGCACUUGCCUAGUGUUUGUAGGGGGGUUUGAUCCCAGCGCCUGCCAAAACAAACGAACAAAUGACAAACAGCAUCUUUUUUGUGUGUACGAUGUAUAACCACACACAAAUAUAGACAGAACAAAUGAGGGAAAUGUGUAUAUUCUGGGCAAAAAAGUUGUAUGGGAAUUCCUUGUACCGUUCCUGCAUCUUUUCUAUGAUUUUGGCAUUUUAUCUAAAUAAACUUGACCAAACAAUUG